UCCGGCAAAGGCAAACAUGGCCGACCGUGCCGAGUCCGCGAAACUACAACAGGACUGCGCGCCACGUAAGGUGCUGCAUUUCAGCGACGGCGUGCUCCAGGAAGACAGCUCGGAAGAGUAUGAACCACCUCUAACUGCGGCUCCUGUGGUCGACCCGAGGACGCUGCCGUGGGCGCCAUUCCUGCUGCACUGGGCGUUGCAGUUGGGAACGCAGGCGCUGGCAGUGUGCGACUACCUGGGAGAGCACCUGGCCAACUGGUUCGGCAUCACGGCGCCCAAGUACCGGUACGAGAUCGAGCAUGGACAAGUGGACGAUGACGAGGAGCUGAAGCAGGAGCCCGGCUGGCAGCGGCCGGCGGAGUUAGUCCAGGUCACGGCCCAGCAGCCGGCCCAGGGUCCGCGCUACUGAGUGUGAACAGCCCUCGUUUACACUGAGCACGCCGCGACUGUCGCACACCAAGCCACCUGCACGCGAAAGCGCACCAACGCACACUUGAAGGCGCACACCGCGAUUUACACACUUGUUUUUAUGUGGCUUGUCGAGCCUGUGUGGAGUACAGGCAGCACGGUUGUCGCGCACCCCAUUCUAAAAUGCCAAAGGAUCAAAAUAAGGUAGAAGUUCAGGGGAAGAUGGAAUCCCGAAGACAUGAAAAACCCUUGGAACGCUAGGUGUUGCUGGAGCCAACGCUUCAAGUGCAUUUGUCUUCUUCAAGGCUGCAACUGCCUACUUUAGUGUGUACAUUUGAAACAUUCGCUCCAGUGACACCCAGUGUUCCAAGGGUUUUUCAUGUGUUCAAGGAUCAAAAAGCAUACAUAAUUUGUCAAGUGGAAGGGAUAGAAAGUAUGUAGGAUGUAUUUAUUUAUUUAUUUAUUUAUAGUUAAGGCAAGUUCGCAUAUUUCAGUGGACCAAUGGACCCAUAUGAAUGUCCAUGUGGCAGAAUAUGUAAAAAGCGGGAACGCAAUUAACUUGUGGCUUGCUUACACAGAAUUCGUACAGCCGGUGUGCUUUUGUAGUGCAUUGCAUUUGAGAAUGCGUUGAACUAUGUGUACGUACACUUGCCUGCAAAAAUUUAAAGCUGUUUCCAUGCUUGAAAUAGUGUGUAGUUGGCUGCAACAGUCAGCCUUUCCAACUUUAUAGGCUGUCAUUGCUUGUAGCAAAGGCUUUACCUUGAGCUAGUUGGUCAUAAGUACUUAUGCAAAGAUCUAGGCUUGAAGACGGCAAAGAUCAUUGUAUGCAGCAUAGGUGCCAACUACUGUCACGAUGGUGUAGUUCCUGUGCCUAUUUGGCAGUGAAUAAAACCAGUUAGUGGUUGGCACUCUUCCUGUCUAACUUAUUCUUUGUCUUGUCUUCUUGCCUAGAUGUUUGCACAAGUGUAUUAUUGCUUUCCAUGAUUCAAAGCAUAAGAUGAGCUUUGGGUUGCUUGAAGGGGUGGUAGACAGUACAUAUUAGACAAGAACACUGACACACAAAGCACAAGCACUCUGGCUUUCCACUGUCAUGGACCAAGUAGCCUGAUCAUAUUGCCUGCUAACUGGAAUAGUUUUCUAGCACAUAUAUCUGGAGUUUGGGCCAAACUGUGUGCCGAAUGUUACCAGAACAGCCCUUCUGCACUCACUAAUAGAAAGGAGGCAUCAAAUGACUGCGCAGGAGGAACACUGUGGACACUGAGUUCCUGGUCAGAAAACAUUCAAAAGUCAGAUGUCUAUUUUGAACAUCCACGUCCACUUCAAGUGCACAGCAAGGCAUGCUAAACAUUCAACGGUGGGAGUACACUUGUGAAGUCAAUGAAUUAAUAAAGUUGCAACACCAGCGGUAGUUAGUAAACUCUCACGUGAAGGGGAUGAAGGUUCAACUGAAUGAAACCAGCAGACAGUUAUGCCAGGGAAAGCAUAAGGGACAUUAAUUGUUGUCUUUUAUCUGUAGUGUAGCAAUUGGGACGUAAAUUGAAAUGAAUUAAAGUGGAUGAAAAAUCACCCUUUCCGUCAGUGGGAUACAAACCCACAACCAUCGAAUUAUGCAUCUGAUGCUCUAACACUUGAGUUACGAUGGAAGGCGCUGCUUCCCUGUCCACUUCAUUUGGCAUUUCUGUAAGGGUGAUCCCUGGGAGUGUUAACCAGCGCCGCUCAUAGCCGGGAUGAAGGUUGUGUCAUGGAUGCUUUGAGACCAGAAAAUAUGUGAGGAUUGCUGUGAGAGUAGUCCAUGCCCCACAAACAGGGCUAUUCAGCAAAGGACAAAGCAAGCACGACACUGCACAUGGUCAUCCGAGUCUGUGGCUGCUAUUAACCAGCUGAACUGGACAAACUGACAUUCCAAACAUGGUAAAAGGGCAUCUUCCCGUUCCAGUUGGCAUGGAAAGAAUCUUCCACCAGGCACCAUUGCAAAUAUUAGUUACUGCUGGAGGUUGCUAUGUGCUGUCUAAGGAACGUUGUACGAAGAAAGUUUUUCCUAUCGCUUCAUUGUUGAAGGAAAUUCAAAUGUGUCGUUACCGUGCCAUUGAGCACCACUAUUAACAGCGACGCUCUCGUCCUUUAUAGAAGUUUAGUUUGUUCGUAGACUUCUAAUGUUUUUAUGGGUUACUGGAGCUGCUGGCUGCAGCGGCAGAGCUGGUAGCAACAUCUUGUGGCAUUUUGUUCACCUACAGCACGUUUGCAAAAGUUUCAGCGAUGCCGGUGUUCUCAUCACAACAAAAGUUCUGUGAGUUAAUGAUUAUCCAACUGAUAAUGCCCUACUUCUAUAGUUAUGUGUGUAAAUCGCUCCAAUAUUAGCUUUGUGUAUGUCUGGUUAGGUUAGGCACCAACAGGUGUCGCUACCAGUGUUGCCUAUCACAUGUACUUCUCUGGUAACCCAUAAAUAUGCACCUUCCCUGCAUUCUCCCAUGUGCUGUAGCCAAGGAGUUGUGUCAUGUUUGUAUGAAAAGCUGCACUCCUGUUUCUUCUUUUUCUACUCGGCUUCAUGGUGCACUUACAGCACUCCACAUUGGGUCAUGUGCCAUGAUCGGCAAUGCAUGUUUCGUAGGGCGAUUGCACUCUUGCUUGAAAUGUGGCUUUCCUGAAAAGAAGUGCACGCACAUUUCUGUUUGAAAUUCGACCACAUCCACGCCAAGGAGCUGUUUCAUCCUUUGCAAACACGGUCACCACUGCCUAUGCACUGCGCUUGUUUGUUUACAACGCUCAAACCUUGUAAUGGGGCCUUUCGCGCAAAGGGCAUUAUAAUGUCUGAUACAUGACAGCAAAGUUUUAGUGGGCUUGUUUAAGCAACUCAAUUGAUAACUAAUUGCUAUGGCAGUUGAAGUUUUAGUAGAGUAACAUUUCAUUGAUUUUUGGAGGAUAUACAUACUCAUAAUGGCCAGGGGAUACAUGUGAAUUGAUCUAAUUUUCUUUGUCAUAGAGUGGUGCUUGGGAUUUCCGAGAUUAAAGUUACCUCAUUUCAAUAAUGAGGUAAUGGAUAACAUAACAAUGCACAUAGUGCCAGUAAACAUAGCGAGCUAUCAAUUUAUGUAGUGCUGUUGCCUACUAGAAUGUUGCCAGUCUUAGCUAAUCCAUUUGAGUAUCUUGACAAUGCCUGACAUCUUUACUGCCCGCUAUGUGCCUGGUUAAAGCUAAACAACACACCCUCUUGCCCAAAGACUGUGGCACAUGUGCUGUCUUGCAGCCUUUUUGCUGCUUCGAACUGCUCACUUUGUUGAUGUUACACGUUGUAUUGCAAUGCAUUCCGAUGGAGAAUUUAAGCAGUGCUGAAUACGUGCAAAAUAUAUGUAUUUUUUUCAUAUGCUAACUGCUUGUUGUUUAUGCUCAUGUUCUAAAUAAACAGGUGCUGAAAUAUGGCUUCUUCUUGUCAUGUUUACACCCGCCAUGGCUUUCUGCUGCUGAGCACAGGGCUCUGUGUUCGAUUCGCAACCAUUGAGACUGUAUUCGAGCCAUGCCUUGAGCAGACAUUGAAGAAACAUGAAGGUUCAAAACUAUUUUGAAGUGCACCACUACAGAAUCCAUCACAAUCCUCCGUGCAUUAUUGGAAUAAAUCCCACAAUUUGAUUAACACUUGUAGCCUAAUACAUAUGUUGCCAUAUGUACAUACGUAUAUAAAUGCGUAUGUGGGCUACUUUAUGUUGUCCAUCUCUACUCACCUAGCCCUGAGCAGAUAGCGUCAAAAUCUGGGACAUCACAGCCGGCUCGUUUGAACCAUC